AUGGGGUUUCAAACGCCAUGGGUAUUCAUCGCGGUCGCCGGUGUGCCGCUCUUCAUGAUUUACACCAAAGCCAAGCGCAUCGACGCAAAGGAAAUGCACGAGGUGCAGAUGCGCAUCAAGUACCACUCCGAGUUCUGGGCGAGGGGUAACGACUUUGUGCGGGCACACAGCGGCUACGUGCAGCGGCAGCUGUGUGACACCGCCGAUGCAAUGCUCGGUGUGGAGAUCACAGGUUCAACGGACUCAGCAGCAGCAGCAGCAACAGCACCAGCGACCCCCUGGUGGCGGCUGUGGCGGACAAACCAGAAAGUUAAUAAUAGUAGUGGUGAUGAAUGA